AUGGGAAAGAAUUCAGAUCUAUAGCCUACUUUUAAUCAACAAUUAUCAAGUCUUGCUAGAGAUAAAAGAAAAGAGAAAAAGAAGAAGCAGGAUGUAGCAUCGAGUAAAACCUUUGAUAAAACUCCAUUUAUUGAUUCAGAAUAAGCAAGGAAUUUGGACAAAAUCAUGAUGAAUACUUAAUCAAAGAGUUUUAUGAACAGUCCAAAAUUAGAUAAAGUUCACAAUCAUAACAAAACAUUUAUUGGAACUGAUACAUUAAAACAUUAAUAUGCAAAGAAGGAUAGAGUUUUCAGUUAAACUCAGGAGAGCAAAAUUAAUUAAGGGACAACAAACUAUUAAUAAUAUUAAUUGAACUAUGCAUUCAAUAAAAAUGGCUAGUAAACUCCUCAAAAUCCAAGUAAAAUAGAGCACAACAGUAUAGUAAUUAACAAGCCAAUAGUCAUUUAAUUUUAAAACAAGAAGAUAACAUUUGUUAACAAUUAGAAAUCUAGUAAAAAUAAAAAUACCAAUAAGACAUAAAUGUUUUACUAGACUGCAGCUUAGCGGAGUCCUCGCAAUUAAUCAUAGUAGCAUUAUGAGGAUCAUUAUUCGGGUAAUAAUUCUACAACUAAUAAUGGAUAGAUAGUAUAUCCCAAAGAUCUGGUAAAAAUAGCUCGAUCUAAAAAUCAACACAGAGCAAAUAAUUCAAUAAAUGGGAAUAAGCACCAAGUAAACCAAAUUCUUAAUCAAAUUUUACAAUACCAAGAAACAAACUAAAAAUAGGAAAUGAGCAGUAAUGAGUACAAUAAUCAAGUUCAAUUUUACCCAACAGUACCGACUAAUCAAAGCAAUUAAAACUAUCAGAGUUAGCAAUAGAAUCAAAAUAAUAUGAACAAUAUCCCUAAAUAAAUUAGCAGGACUCAAGAUUAAAGAAAGACAAACUAGAAUAACUUAGACUAUAGCAAUCUAUCCAGCGAGGAUUAAAUGAAUAUGUCAUUUUUCAACGGCAAUCUUAAUAACUCUUUUGCAUUACCAUUAAAUUAGUACCGUCCAAAGGUUCAAACAGGCAAAAAGGUUAUACUAAGUAAGCUGACAUAAAAAUCUCAAAGAGUAGGCUAAAUUAAAACUAGCAAAAACAAUCCAAUUAACUACUCCUUAUAUUAAAGAGAAAUUCCUACCAAAAUUUUUCCAGAAAAUAAUAGAGUGCUCAACCCAACAAUUAGAAGCAAUUCCAAAAGUAAUAUGUAGCGCUAAGCUCUAUAGAAGCUUUAAACAGCCACUAACAGUCUUAGAAACUCAUUUGUAGGAGAUAAGUAUUCAGCAGGUUACAGUGGAGGAGCUGGAGGUGGAAUUUUAAGAUAAUCAGACUUAAUAUAGAGAAAUUAAGGCAGCUCAUCUCGUGCUGUUAAUAAAUACGCUAUAUUGAAGCAUAUCAAUAAUGUCACUUCCCCUAAUUGA